AUGGGACCAGACUAUGCCGACGUUGCCCGGCCGCUGGUUGCUCUAACGCGUAAAGACGUCAGUUUCAAAUGGACAGAGCUUCACACGCAAACAAUGCGGCAGCUCAAACAGCGCUUAAUCGACUUCACUACAUUACAAGUCCCUGACGCCACGAAACCCUUCGAGUUAUACACGGAUGGCCCUGGUUAUGCGAUCGGAGCAGUUUUCGAACAAGACGGCAAACCCAUCGGCUUCCUCAGCCAAGUCAUGAACCACACGCAACAGAGAUACUCGAUCUACGAUCAGGAACUCUUGGCGUUGGUCAUGGCACUGGACAAGUUCUCGCACUUGCUCCGUGUCUCCAAGGUAACGGCUUACGCUGAUCAUCAAGCUCUAACCCAUCUCCAACGACUCCAAGCAUCGAAGCCUCUGCGCAGACGCACCGCCCGGUGGCUAGACUUUCUUGCGGAGUUCCCGGAUUUGCACAUCACCCUGCCGUCUGCGCCUUCACCUGCGCCGCCGGAACCCAACCCAGAGCCGGAACCUGCUACACUCACAACGAAGCCACCCGCUGACCCUCUUGAUGUGCGCCAUUGGCCGCAAGCUUACUCGAAGUGUCCUGUUUUUCGCGUUCCCUACGAAGCCGCAGCAAACCAACCAGGAGAAGCUCUGCAAAUCGAGUUUUGUAAUAGCCAAUUCACCUUUCGCUACGUAGAGCCUUACCUGCACAUCCGGGUUCAUGGACUGUGGCGCAUCUGCGUCCCACAAUUCCCUGAGUUCCUUACUCACAUUCUGCAUUCACAUCACGACCAUGUCACAGCCGGCCAUCGAGGCCAGGAAAAGACCUUUGCGGCUCUCAGCAAGCACUACUACUGGCCAGGAAUUCGCGCCUACACUACUGCUUAUGUUGAGUCAUGUACCCACUGUCGAGCGUCAAAGUAUCUUAACCAGAAGCCUGCAGACCUUCUUCAACAGUUGCUUAUCCCUUCUCGUCGAUGGGCGCACGUGAGUCUCGACUUUGUCACAGAUCUUCCCCUUACAACGACAAGGCACGACUCGAUUCUUGUCAUGGUCGACUCUCUCAGCAAGAUGGCUCAUUUCGUUCCUGCAAAGAAGUCAUUCACAGCAGCAGACACCGUGGAGCUUCUCGCAGACCGCCUUAUCCGCUAUCACGGAUUUCCAGAGGUACUCAUAUCGGACCGCGACCCCCGUUUCCAGUCGGAUCUUUGGAACCAGCUCUGUCGCCGCUUUAACAUCAAACGGUGCAUGUCCUCGUUCUACCAUCCGCAAAGCGACGGCCAAACUGAACGGGUUAACCGCACACUGGAGCAGAUGCUUCGUACCUAUAUCAAAUCUGACGAACGCGAGUGGGAGCGUUUGCUUUCGGCCCUGGAACUUGCUUACAACACAGCAAGUCAUUCAUCCACUGAGCUCUCUCCCUUCGAGGUCAUGAUUGGCGAGAACCCGUUGACUGCUGCGGGCCUUGAUAUCCUAGUUCCCCACCGCCCCUGCCCUCCCGCCUUGGUUCCCCCGGCAGCCGACGCCGCCUGGCCUCCUAUCCACCAUGCAGCAGGAAAUCCCACAGAGGAAUACAAAGUCGACUAUAUUAUGGACCAACGCGGCUCGGGAGGUGCAGCCCAGUACCUCGUGAAGUGGCGCGGGUCCCCUGAAGAUCAAGCCACAUGGGAGCCAGCUCACCACCUUACAGGCUGCCCAGCUUUGCUUCGCGCUUGGCGCCGCCGCGAACAAAGACGUCUUCAGGCUCGAAACAACAUUGGUCCUUCCGAGGCGUAG